GGAGCCGGCGCGGGCAUGGAGCGCUCGCAGAGCCGCCUCAGCCUGUCCGCCUCCUUCGAGGCGCUCGCCAUCUACUUCCCGUGCAUGAACUCCUUCGACGAUGAGGACGCAGGAGACAGCCGGAGGCUGAAGGGUGCCAUCCAGAGAAGCACAGAGACGGGCCUGGCUGUGGAGAUGCCCAGCCGGACACUGCGCCAGACCAGCCACGAGUCCAUCGAGGACAGCAUGAACAGCUAUGGCUCGGAGGGCAACCUUAACUAUGGAGGAGUUUGCCUGGCCUCAGAUGCCCAAUUCAGUGACUUCCUGGGCAGCAUGGGGCCAGCACAGUUUGUAGGCCGCCAGACCCUGGCCACCACACCCAUGGGGGAUGUGGAGAUUGGCUUGCAGGAGCGGAAUGGCCAGCUGGAAGUGGACAUCAUCCAGGCUCGAGGACUGACAGCCAAGCCAGGUUCCAAGACACUGCCAGCGGCCUACAUCAAGGCCUACCUGCUAGAAAAUGGCGUCUGCAUUGCUAAGAAGAAGACCAAAGUUGCCCGCAAGUCGCUGGACCCGCUGUACAACCAGGUGCUGCUGUUUCCUGAGAGUCCCCAGGGCAAAGUCCUGCAGGUGAUCGUGUGGGGCAACUACGGGCGGAUGGAGCGGAAGCAGUUCAUGGGUGUGGCCCGCGUGCUGCUGGAAGAGCUGGACUUGACCACCCUGGCUGUGGGCUGGUACAAGCUCUUCCCCACCUCUUCCAUGGUGGACCCAGCCACAGGUCCCCUGCUCCGGCAAGCAUCCCAGUUGUCCCUUGAGAGCACAGUGGGGCCCUGCGGCGAGCGAUCUUAGUGCUGGGGAUGGGGAGGGGAUCCCCGAGUUGGCCUGGAGACCACCCAGCCCUGACCUGGGACCCCAAGCCCAGGGGCCUAUUGGACAGAGGAGGAUGGGGUUCUCCCCCACGGUGGGGAAGCAGAAUGAGGAGACCUGCCCCCCUCGGGUCCUCCUCACCCCUUCUUUGCCUCCUACCCACGAGAUCUUUCCUCUCCCAGCGGGUUGGCUGCACUUUUGACUUGGCCGGUCCUGACCCCGUGGUGGCGGCUGUAAUCGGAGAAAGACUGACGUAGCAGAGCUAACCAUUCCCCUCCCCAGCACCACCCCACCUGUCCCCCUUCUGCCUCCUUGGAAGCUCGCUGCCCAGAGCCAAGUCCAGAACCCAGCUGGCCAUCUCCAUGGUGCCAAUUACCAGCAAGUGUCUUUCCUGCGGCACCGGGUUCAGGCAGCUACUCCUGCCCCAGAGCCGACGGGGCAGCUUGGCAAGGAUCCGGAGCCAGCUCCCGGGGGCCCAGAGCUCCUUAUUUGAAGGGGAGUUUGAGUCUCCCUCUGCCUGCCCGUGGAAGGAGUUUUGCCGCAGCCUGUCCGAGUCCAUCCAUCCAUCCCCUCCUGCCUGCCCCUCUGCUGGUGGCUCUAGGAACUGGGGGCCAGCAGGGACCAAAGGGAAGGAAGAAAUGUGUGAGACCUGACACAGGUCCCCAGGGGACUUUGCGUCACAGGAUUGCACCAAGGUGGUCUGGGGACUCUUGUGGACUGGAAAGGACAGUGUCAUCUUUGCUUUGGAGGAGGAGCUGGGGAAGGUUGAGUUUCCUGUACGCCAUGUCCAGGAAGCCUCCCUAAGAACGUGGACGAUGGUAGGGGAAGGGUACUGAGGAAAACUAGGAUUGGGUCUGGUGGUGCCAAGAUAAGGAUGUCCUAAAUAGGAGAACCUCUCCUUGUUGGAUGAGAUCAAAGAGCAUCUUGCCUACCCCUUUGUCAUGGGGCUGGGGGCUGGGGAGGCAUCAGAACUCCCCUGUUUUAGUCCUAUCCUGUACUAAGGGCAGAAUCCCAGCCUGGGCCUCAGUCACUUUGGAGAGAUGGUCAGAAGAAGUGAGGAGCUAGGAGUGUAAGAAUUAGGGGUGGGGGUGGGGGCUUAGGUCUGGGUAGCUGCCUUUCUGCAGCCCUCCCUGGGGCCUGCAGGAGCCCCCCCCCCUUUUUGCAUGUGAGGGAGAACACAGGCUGGCCCCUCUUCAUAGAAGCACAUUUCUGCCACCUCCCCUGGGAGGCACCCGGCUGCCUGCCACUCCUUUGCACCUAGUCCCUGCUGUGUAGGGCUUAGCUAGGUAGGUAGUGUCCAUGCCCUGGGCCUAUUCUUAGCUCAGAAGUAGUCUUUACCACGCCCCAGGCUGGGGGUGGAGAGGAGACCCCAGUAUAUUCCAGGAGACUGCAGUCUCUCGUUAGCCUGGGCUGGAUGGGCUUCGCUCCCCAGAGGCCAGUCCUUUGUUGUCCCCUCCUCCCCCUCCCCUUCCCUUUUCACUCUCUCCAGUGUGGUUGCAACCUGAGCUGCUCAUUAUACUCAAUGUUCUGAUGUAUUCUCCUUGGCACUAGCUUUCUUAAAAAACAAAACAAAAAACAAAAACAAGGGACUUCUGAGGAAUGUUGGGCCUUGCAGAAGGGCCUGGUCCCCAUGAGAGUGUCAUUUUCCACUGAGGACAACAGGCUUGGUUCCGUCCCACUUGAUUCCUGGUUCGACCAGGGAUUCCUUCUACUUGGGACCCCCUGGAACCCGUCCACCAGCCUGGUUGAGCUCUGGGUGUCCUUUAAAGUUCUGGUCUGGUUCUGUCACCUCCACACUGAGUUGCUGACACUACACAGGGACGGGGCAAUGGAGAGACCCCUCUUGUGGAGUUGGUCAUCAGAGCUUCCUGGGAUUGUAAAAGGGCAGAGCCCAAGGGAGGAACAGGGCUCCAGGUGGGCUCCCAUCCGAGGCCCACAGUCAGCCCCAGUCUCAUUUUUUAAUUUAAACUAGUGUGAUUUCUCUCUUUACUGCUCACCAUUUGGAAUAUUUCGAAGCAAGAGUGUACUUCCUCUCCAGCUGUCACUGCUACGAUUGUCCAGGGGUGGGGCAGGGAGCCUGGCUAUCUCAACCAGAGGGCACUGCGCUCUGCGACCUGCCAGAGAGGGAGAUGGACCUAGAUGACAGGCAGAGAGAUGGACACAGGAGCACUAGCGCCAAAGCAAUAACACCUGGGGGUGGUCUGUGCAGCCCCCUCUAUGAUUCUCUUGUUUGUUCUGUGAAAUCUCACCUCCUGGCGGGGUGAGGUGGGGGCUGGAGCCCUCUUCUUUGUAUCAUCAUCGUGAGCACAUGCCUUCCUUCCGAGGGGCUGUGACCAUUGAGUGUGGGAACCAUGUCUGUCCUCCUCGCCAAGGGACGGGACAGGACUUGGGGGAGGAGGAGUGACUUUUCAUCUUUAGCUUUGGGAACCUUCAAGCCCAGCCUGUGUCUACUUCUGUAUGAUUUUUAUUUAUUUAUUUAUUUAUUUAUUUUUGCCAACUCAAACUCCAUUUGAAGAGGAGCACAGAGGGUGGAGGUCUUUCUGGGUCUAGGGUCUGCCGGGGUGAUUAUUUUGUUGGGGUUGUUUCUGGACAGAGACCCCAUGCAGGCCUGCCACGGGAGGACCCUCUCCACUUUCUUUACCAGGAGGCCCGUGCAUUCUGAGGGGAAGGGCCUGGGGGACCUUGAGUCCAUUCACAUUUUUUUUUUUUAGAAGAGACUUGAGACCUUGUCCAGGAAAAGCUACUUGAGUUACUGGUAUUCACAGUGUGACCCCCCACCUCCUGCACUGGGUUCCCCCACAUCUGACUGAGCUGGAGCCAGGGCAGGGUGAAAUGGGGCUGCUGUCUCCCACUUUUUCUUCUCUUUGGAGCCUCCCCGUGGACCCCAGAUAUGGACAGGAUAAGAUCUAGCCUAGGUUAGGAAACCGAGGCCCAGGGCAAGGCCUUUCAGCAAAUGAACCAUGGGGGCGGGGGGGCAGAGAUGCCCUGGGUGUCCUUUAAGGUUCUGUCUAGUCCUGCCAUCUCCACACAGAGCUGCUGAUGCCUCACAGGGAAGGAGUGAUGGGAAAGCCCCUCUCAUCCUUCCCCAGGCAGGCUACUGUCGCUGUGGGGCAGGCUGGCCGCCAUCACCAUUUCUGGCCUCCAGGCCCUGGGCUCCACAAACCUGCUUAGCUCUAUUACUGGGCUAGUGUCUUUUCUGGGAUGGUGUUGGAGAAAGAGGAGGGGUGUCAGGACUGGGGUCUCCCUAGCUGAUCAUAAGCUGCAGGAUUGGAUCUAGGCCUUCAUGAGCUGGUGGGGCCUCCACCAGAGUGUGGUGUAACCUCUCCAGGACCAACUGGAGAGGAUGAAGAACGUAACUUCUGUCUAGGACUGCAGAGUGGGGGCAUCACAACCCCACACCCAGGGAAGUCCUCUCUACACUUUCAUUAUUGACAGCCCUUCCCACGGCAAUUCCCCUACUUUGUACAGGGCUCUGACUCAGAUGACCUUCGGACCUUGGCCAGAGCCCCCAGUGGUAGGUGGAGAGAGGCCUUUACCAUCAGCUCCAUUUUCAGGAGGGGGAAGUGGAGGCUGUGGGAAAGGAAGAUGCUGGCCUGUGACAGUGGCUGAGGCAAGACCAGCCCUCACUUUUCUAGUAGUUCAAAGCCUGCUGGUUCUUGUAGCCCAGGAGCUCAGACAGACAGCGGAGCAAUUGCAGUUUACAGGCGAUUCACCAUCUGACUCCUGAAACUGGAGCUUCUCUGGGUCUUUGGGGUUCAGAAACAGCAAGGAGCCCUACUCCUGAGGCAUGGCUGUUGCACCAGGCAAGGUCACCUGUUUAUUUAUUGAGCAGCAGAGCUAUGCCAGACCCAGGCCUCCUUCCUAUCUCCUGUCAGGGCUCCCUCUGCCCUCCAGGAGGGGCACCGACUCAGUGGAAGUAAACAGUCCAAAGAGCAAUAGUGUCUUGAGUGCUCGCCUGACAAGCCCCAGUGGAUGGCCCUUGCAGCUCAGAGCACACAGGUGUCAUCUCUGAGUCCUUUGCUAGACCCUCCUUCAGGGUGGCAAGAUGGGAUCCUGAGUCCUCAGGCUAGGCUUGUCCCUCCAUCUGCCUGCCGUUCUCCAUGUCCUCUUGGGCAGCAGGAACACCCUGGGCUUUCAGGGGAAGGAGGGUGUUGGGGGGGCUGCUGGGUUGGAGUGGAUCACAUUGCAUUGUGUUCAUGACCAUGUAGCUCAUGUUGGAAAUUAAAGUUUUUGGUUUUUCUAA